AUGGCCGCCUGGUCGGCCGACCUCUCGUCGGCGCUCUACAAGGAAAUGGCGCCUGUGGUGCUCUGCCUCCUAAGUGUCAUGUUCGUCGUCGGGAUGGCGGACUUCAGCCGUCUCCCCGGCUGCGGAAGAGCAACGAGGAUGGACCUCCAGGAGCUCGCGGUCCAGGUGCGCUACACCCUCGUCCUCAGCGCCUCCGCGGCCGCCGGGGUACUCUCCUGGCUCGGCAAGGCGGCCGACGACCUGAGCGCCGCUGGGUGGGACUGGGAGAUGCGCGCCAUGUUCAUCGUCGGCCUCAACCUCGCCUUAACCUUGACGUUCCUUGCCCUCUCCGCCCUGGUCUUGGAGCUCUCCUGCGACAUCGUCGUCAACUACUGCAUCGCGGCGGCGCUCGUCGGCGUGCAUCUCGUUGCUGCCUGGGUUGUCCGCCUCGGCAUCGACUACGACGGGACGCACUCGGCGCAGACUGACAUGUCGGUGGCCUACAGCCUGGAGGAGUACGUGGCGGCCGUGGUCGCCGGCGUCGGCCGCGUCUGCGACCGCAAGGGCGUGCAACACCCUGUCAUCUGCAGCGAGAGCGGCCGCGCGGUGGUGUCGCACCACUCGGUCCUCAUCUUCGAGGCCUUCUCCGCGACGGCGCCGGCUUCCAACAUGAUGGACCCGGCCACCGCCUACCUGCUCGACGAGCUCACCGAUGACUGCCGCAGCGAUUACCGCAACCUCAUGGUCUCGGCCGUGCGCGGCGACUUCGACACCUACGGCCUGUACGCGGACCAGCUGAAGCGGCACUGCGCCGAGCAGUUCAAGGAGGGGGUCCUCGGGCUGGAGCACCUCGCCGCCGUGGACGGGCUCUGCGAGAUCGUCGCCCGCGGCAUGGGCGCGGCGGAGGGGCCGCGCAGGUACCACAUCAACCUGUCCGUGUUCACCUCGCUGCCGGACAUGUGGGCCAUCGAGCAGCUCUUCCCCAUCAUCCCCAUCCAGCGCCUCCAGGAGCGGCCCGCCGUGGACGGCGUCCUCUCGGACCUGACCUGCGACAGCGACGGCAAGGUGGACCAGUUCAUCGGCGGCAGGAGUAGCCUCCCCCUGCACGAGCUCCCCACCCACGGCACCCGCGGCUACUACCUGGGCAUGUUCCUGGGCGGCGCCUACCAGGAGGCGCUCGGCGGCCUGCACAACCUGUUCGGCGGGCCGAGCGUGGUGCGCGUCUCCCAGAGCGACGGGCCGCACUGCGAGAGAGGUUUCAUGGUCUGGAGCAGAGAGGACAAAUCCAUCUCGUGCAGGCAAACCCGCGAGAUGUAG